CAACUUUUGAGCGAGUGCAGCCAACAACUUACAGGGGUAUGACUGUUGGUCACUCAUGUUUCGUGAAGGAUGGAUGUCGACUGUGAGUUUUAAGCGCUCACCUCCCCGCUAGGAUAUCUUCUUCACUCAUUCAAACCUUCUUCUCUCUUCACUAAAUUCACCAAUUUGACACCCAACAUCAUGUCUAUCCUCCAACAUAGUUCAGCAGCAUCCCUAGAGACACUACCUCCCGACAUUUUACUUCCUAUUGUCACAUACCUUCCAGGGCUGGACAUUCUCUGGGACCUUAUGAGGGCAUCCCCUCAAGUAUGGCGCCUCUUCAACGAUCAUGCUGUUACCAUUGUUGACGCUAUACUCUCCGGCCCAAACGCGAUACUUAUAUCCGAGAUUGCGAAUGCUGUGCGUGCUGUCAUACUUGUACGCUCAAAUGACCACCCUUUUCGGAACCUUUAUGACCUACAAAUCCGGUUCCUGCGCUCGCUUUUCCCUCAAUCGACAUGGGGCGAUUCGGGAAGCAAUCCUGAUCCUAUAAUUAUUGACCGUGAGAUGCUGUCUGUUGCGGAGCCUUGCGUGGUGGUCGUUCGAUCGGUUGUUGCAACAGCCGCUCACAUAACUGCUCUUGCCCAAGCCUUUUUGACAUCAUGUCUUGAACGAGUGCGAGAUCCUAGCUUCAGACCACUACAUCUUGUUAAUCCAGAGGAUCGCUACACCAGCUUAUACAGACCUGACCCAGAUGGUAAACGCAUUCGGGCCUGGGAUCAAGUGUUCAAAGGUGAACCUGCCAAGGUGACUGACGCGGGACAACCUACAUGGGUAGAGGAGAUGCGAGCUGUACGUGCUCUGUGGGUAACACAGCUUGUUGGUGAGAUAAAGAGCCAGAAGGAAAACUUGGGCUGGCCGACGGAAGACAUUGAGAAACUUGGUCGCAUGGAAGCUGCCGACUUUGCCGAUGCCGUUGGAGGUAACCCGGCUAUGGCGUCUGAAGAGGUCAGAUCUGUGAUGGACUAUCUGAAGACACUUGGGGACUUAAUACAAGAUACAUACUACCAGUUACCCAGACCUCCCCGGUUUGCGAGAUGGACCACAGCGCCGCCCAACCUCAGCCCUCAGUUUGCAAAGGUUACCCACCAUCGUAAAGAUGGCAGUACUUUUACGCGCGUUGAGAAAACCGAGGACUAUAGCUGGGGCCGAACCAAGGACAGCCUGGGAUACGACGCUCCCGGAAUGUCCAUCUUCAAAGCUCUCAACAAACCUCGUCAUCAUCCUACCGGUGGCGCAUCCCCAAUCGAAGGUGUAAAGUUCAACUCGUUCCGCCCUCUCGGCUUUGCCUUCUGGGACGUAUGGAGGAUGUAUCUUUUGGGCAUGCACUCGCCAGUUGGCAAACACUGGCUGGGAAAUGAUACCUUCUAUUUCUUCGCCUGGGAGAGUGUCUUGCCUUUUGAUGAGGUUGUAAAUAUAAAAGCUGGACUGAGGCUUGGAUGGAAGAAAGAGCUGGAGGAGCGACAAGAGGCACAACGUAGAAGCAAAGAACUGUCGAAUAGUUGACCUCGAUAGCCGAAUACCGUCUCUAAAUAUGGCAUCGGGUUGUUGCUAUCCAUGCAUAUUACCUUUGUUCUUCUGAUGCCGCAUACUAAGAUCGCAUACAGACAGGUAGCGGUUCCAAGCUAGCACCUGAUCGGUGUUUGCACAUGAAUAAAUUGAUAUGCCAAAAGAAGCUGGUGACAGGGCCACAAGCAUCAAGAAUUCAAGAUGAAGAAGUACAACAGUUAUAACAAGUAUCAAUCUAAC